GGCGGGGUGGCCGAGCGCUGGCAGCUCCGCCGGCAGCGCGCUCCCUCCGCGCCGGGCCAGCCUGGCCGGGACCCCCGGCCCCUUGCAGGCAAGAAACCGCUUCUGUGAUGGAAAAUGCCGGCUGCGCGGGGCGGGGGCACCUUCUCCCACCGCUCCCGGGCUCCGGCCGGGAGGAGCUUCGUUCCCCCCCCUCAGUGUCUGUGCUGGGGGGUGGGCAGCCUCGGCAGCAGCCCCCAGCCCCGGCCCGGAGGAUUCCCUGCUCGGCGCCGCCAGCGCAGCAGCCGCCUGACAACAGGAAACAAUGUGUAGUGAAUGGAAAAGGGGGAGGCGCCGCCUGACCGACUUCCCCUGACAUCACUGCCCAAAUAAGGAGCUUCACACCGGCCCUAUCUGUUGCAGCCUGGCAGAAGAUCCCCCCGGAGCCCCAGGGCCGCUACCCCCGCAGCGGCAGAGCCAUGGGAGAACCGCAGCUGCGGUGCGGGGGGCAAGUGCAGACCAUUUCUACAAUUUAUCAAGAUCAUUUUGAAUCCUAAUCCUGGCCUCCGAAGUACUUGCAGCUUGUCCCAGCCUGGUAUCAGCAGCAAUUUUAUGUUUUCUCUCACCUCGGCAGCGUACGGGAGCCCUGGUGCUGGGUGUGAAGUGCCACAGCUCUUUACGUCAUCCUUUACCAACACAGAGAGGCGAUGUUUUUUAACAAGACUGAAUUAAAUUGUGGGCAAACAGAAGAGAGACAGCAUCAAAAUUACAGACUACCAAAUCCACUAAAUGUGGGAAAUACUUUUCCAAGGCUUUUGAACUCAGAAGUGGAACAGAAGGAAGACACAGGGGGACAUACACCAUUCAGUGUUAUUUUCCUUGCACAGGAAAAAAAGAUCAUUAUGAGAUGAGCACUAAAGUCUCAAGUUUUCAAAGGUUUGCAUAACAAACAAGAGACACAUUGUGGGUUGCAUCUUGACUUUGAAGGCUUGCCACUGUCAACUGAAAUAAAAUGGCAAGGUUUAAAGCCUUAACCAAGUUCACAAGGAAAAUAUUUGGACUAAAAGUUUUGGAAAAAUUUCUCUCUUUGAAGUAGUUUGUCAUGUGUUACCAAUGUGAACUUUAUUGACCUUGAAACUUUUUUUUUUUUGAAUCAAAUAGCAACUAGUGACACUUUAGUAAAAUCUUAAAUCAACAACCAUCUCCUGGUGGCUCCAGCUUCAUAGCAAAUGCAGGCAAAACAGGGAAUCUACAGAAGAGACCUUUAUUAUUCAUAAAUGAAGCCUGCCAAAACCUUCCCGAAAUAGCAUUCAAAGACCCUUUUAAGGUCAUGGAUCCUGAACAAAGCCAGAAGAGCACAAAAAAGGCUGAGGAAAGUCCAAGAAAGAGGCUUCCCAAAGGAGAAGCUUUCCAAGCCAGUAUUUCAUCUGCAGCUACGUACCAGGGCAGCUCUGCUUCUUCGCAAGGAACCCCUCUCCGAGAUAUCAUAUCGCAGCAGCACUUUUCUGGUUCUUUGCCGAUUCCAAGAGAGGAGUCUCAGGAGAAGACUGGACAUCAGCAGCAACCUAAGCCUUCCUCUUUUGAGCAUCCUCCCCACGUUUCACAGCUUCAGCAGCACGCACUGUCACCAGCAUUUAUGUCUCCUGGGAAACCAGAACAUGUUCUCGAAGGUCCCACGUGGCAGCUAGUUGAUCCAGUAAGACCAGGUCCCUCUGGCUCCUUUUCAUCACCUGGGCUUCACUCUCACCACGGCCAGCUCCUACCUUCCCAUUCACCAAUCAUUCCUGGAGAGGACAUGCCAUCUGUUCAAAAGGUCUAUAUCCCUCGCCCUUCACAAGUUUCCUUAAAACAAGCUGAGGAAGUGCACAAGAAGGAAAAGAAACCUCAGAAGCCAGGCAAAUAUAUUUGCCAGUACUGCAGCAGGCCUUGUGCGAAGCCAAGUGUGCUCCAAAAACAUAUCAGGUCACACACGGGUGAGAGGCCAUACCCUUGCAUUCCAUGUGGCUUUUCUUUUAAGACUAAGAGCAACUUAUAUAAACAUAGGAAAUCUCAUGCUCAUCGAAUAAAAGCUGGGCUGGCCUCAGGGAUCGGAGCAGAGAUGUAUCCAUCGAGCUUGGAAAUGGAAAGGAUUGGUGGGGAGGACUUCGAAGAGCCAACAGAAGGAGAAAGCACAGAUUCAGAGGAGGAAACGGGUGCGAUGUCGGGCCACUCGGUAGAGCUGUCGCCGAGGCGGAAGCACACCCUGCUGUCCAGCAGCCUGCUGAGUGGGGGGAGCCAAGGCUCCAGCCAUGACCGGUGUUCAUUGUCUCAUUCCAGUAUGUCCCAAUCUCUUGAGGACAGCAGCCAGUUCGUGGAGCCCUCGUCAGACCAUGCUCUGAGCCAUAAAUCUGAAGAUACCCAUACUAUAAAGCAGAAGCUUGCACUCCGCUUAAGCGAACGGAAGAAGGUGAUAGAUGAACAAGCUUUCCUGAGCCCUGGGAGCAAAGGGAGUACCGAGUCAGGCUACUUCUCACGAUCAGAAAGUGCGGAGCAGCAGAUCAGCCCACCAAAUACUAAUGCAAAAUCUUAUGCAGAAAUUAUUUUUGGGAAAUGUGGUAGGAUUGGGCAAAGGACUGCAGCGUUAGCUGCAAACACAACCCAGGGGUUUCCACACUUGUCUACCGAAGAGAAACCUAGUAUGGUACCAUUAUCUGUGCCUAGAACACAGGUCAUUGAACACAUCACUAAGCUAAUUACAAUUAAUGAAGCUGUUGUAGAUACCAGUGAAAUAGAUAGCGUUAAGCCUAGAAGAAGCUCUUUAUCUAGACGUAGCAGCAUUGAAUCUCCAAAGUCUGGUGUAUAUAGGGAACCGUUUCAGUUUGAUAUCAAGUCUGGUUCCAGUAGCCAGUUGGAUGCAUCAAAAGUGUUGACAUCCCACGGUGAAAAAAUUAAGCCCGAACAAUCAUUGUUGUCACUUCAGCAAUCCCACAGUGCCACAGAGACAGUGCCUCUCCUAAGAAGCCACUCAAUGCCUUCUGCUGCAUGCACUAUAAGCUCCCCACAUACCUUUAGAGGUAGCUAUUCAUUUGAUGAUCACAUCAUGGAGCCUGAAGUCUUAAGCCGCAGUCAAGCUUUUUCUUCGCAUCCUCGAAUGCUAAAACGACAACCAGCUAUUGAGCUACCUUUGGGAGUGGAAUACAUCUCAGAGGAGGUUAGCUCCACAAACAAAGAAACUGUUUCCAAACCUCCCGAGGAGCCUGAAACCAAGGAAAGCGAUCUUACCAAAAAGUCACGGAAGGGUCCGAAAGUUAAAGGGUUCAUGUAUGAGUGUAACAUAUGUGGUGCUCGCUAUAAGAAAAGGGACAAUUACGAAGCCCAUAAGAAAUACUACUGUUCAGAACUGCAGCUCUCAAAGCCUCAUUCUUCCACUUCCCAUACCUCUUCAGAGACUGAGAAAAGUGUUGCGGAUCCUGACACAUGGCCCCAGAUCAUGCAUUACAAGCUAGGGAGCAGUUUGGAGCUCACCCCACUACGAAAGAGGCGAAAGGAAAAGAGUCUCGGUGAUGAUGAGGAGCCUCCAGCUUUCGAGUUGUCUGACACUCCUUCCUCCAGUGCUGGGCCAACAGCUCAGUUUGCAAACCCAGCAUCAUCUGAUGUCGCUUUAAACCUGACCCGUGAAUCCAUUAAGUCACCAGCAGAUACAUGUAAAUCCGCACCUUCUGAUAUCAGUGGCAGCUUUCAUCCCAGGAAUACCAAACCGGCUUCAAGUGCGGAGGGUAAAGAGAGGAGAACAACCUCAAAGGAGAUAUCUGUCAUCCAGCAUACGAGCUCCUUUGAGAAGUCUGAUUCUAUCGAGCAGGCGAGCAGCUUGGAGGAAGACAAACCCUUGUCGCAGUACUCCUCUCAGCCGCCCCCCCAGCAGAGCCGCCCGCCUCACUCCCUGCAGCCCAAGCUGGUACGCCAGCCCAACAUCCAGGUCCCCGAGAUUCUGGUCACUGAAGAGCCUGACAGACCAGAAACAGAGCUGGAGCCUCCUCCAAAAGAGCCAGAGAAAACGGAGGAAUUUCAGUGGCCGCAGAGGAGCCAGACACUUUCUCAGCUCCCUGCGGAGAAACUCCCACCGAAAAAGAAGAGGCUGCGGCUGGCAGAAAUGGCUCAGUCCUCCGGAGAGUCCAGUUUUGAAUCAGUCUCUCUCACCCGAAGCCCAAGUCAGGAAAGCAGCAUAUCCCACAGUUCCAGCCACUCUGUCUCGUUCGAUCGUGAAGAUCACAGCAAGUCCGAGUCAAGUAGCCAGCCCUCCGAGUCCCACCCAAAGCCGCCUGGUGUUGGCUCACAUAUGUUGAUGGUACCAAGCCACCAUCAUCAUUCCAGGGAAAUGCGGAGAUCUGCUUCUGAGCAGACACCGAACGUGUCACAUCCUUCCCAGAUGUCAGAGACCCGCAGUAAAUCAUUUGACUAUGGGAGCUUGUCAUCCACUCCUGCCUCCACCCCUGGCCCUUCAGCCUCCUCAGCUCCACAGGAGAGAAGGAAAUGCUUUCUGGUCAGGCAAGCAUCCCUCAGCAGACACCCAGAGCAUGAGCCAGACUCAACCCCAGCAGGCCGGCCAGAGACAGAAGAUCCCGUUCCUUCUUCAAGUAAAUCUCCUUCAACAAGUCUGCCCCAUCAGCUGACAUCUUCAUCCCCUUUGCCGUCUCAUGGUACUUACCCUAGUGAAAAGAGUCAGCCAAAAGACAGCCCUCCGCCAGCAUACACCCAGCCAUACACAGAAGCUUUGCAAGUGUUUCACCAUCCCGUACCACAGCUAACACUGCAUGAAAAGCAGUUCAUGUCCCCGCAGGUUUCUAUCUUUCCCUACCAGCACCUCCUGCCUCAGCCCGGGCAGUCUGCGGAGCUCUUUGCUGCGCACACUAUGUCCGACAUCCUCUCUGCUCAGUUCACCAUGCCCCAGAUUCCUCCUUCCAUAUUUCAGAGCCCACCACUGCCCCUCCCCCAAACGCUCAUCCACCCAGGCCCGCUUCAUAUCGCUCCUCCGUUAAUGUCACACCCUGCCGACAUGCCCUUCAGGCAGCAUCCUUCAUUCCUGCCAGUGCAUUACCCUGGCUCCUCACCGAUCCCUUCAGCCUUUUUUCUGCCUCUUCAGUCCCAGUUUGCUCUCCAGUUGCCAGGUGAAGCUGGUGGACAUUUACCACAGAUCAAAUCCAGUAUAUUCCCAGCAGCAGGAACCUCCAAUCUUUCCCCGUGCACAGAAUAUGGCUCGGACAGUAGGUUGCACCCUCUGACGUGCACAACAAGUCCUUCGGUGUCUGUGUCCACAUCUCAGCUCGUCGUUCCUACAAGGUCAGACCCAAUGGUGUCACUUGUUGUCCCUGUUCGCAUCCAGACAAAUAUGCCGUCCUAUGGGAGCGCGAUGUACACAACGCUGUCCCAGAUCCUGGUCACGCAGUCCCAGUGCAGUUCCUCUUCUAUUGUCCUCCCGAAAUUUGAUGAUCGUCAGCCCAAGGGCACCCUAGUCUGUAGCGCUGAUGUUCAUGGACUAGGUUUCGAUCUGGCACAGAUGAUCACGGAGGAUCAAAGGAGCAUUUUCCAGAGCCCCUAUCUGAGAGUGCCCUUACCCUUACCAGAGCGAAAAGGCUACAUGCCACUCACCUCCCCAUCAGACAAUGUCCUCGGACUGGAAGGAGGCCCAUCAACAGUCGGCGGAAGCAAAAGGAUGCUCUCUCCAGCUGGAAGUUUGGAGCUGACAAUGGAAACACAACAACAGAAAAGAGUGAAAGAGGAGGAGGUGUCUGAAGCAGAAGAGAAGUUGGAAGUGGUGAAGCCACCCAGUGCAAUAGAGGAAGGGAAAAAGCAGGAUAAAUCUCACUUUCUUGCAGAAAGCCAAGGCAGGGUCGAAGUUGAAACACCACCUAGUUUGUCUUUAGAGCAGCCAGAGCCAAAGGAAAUCCCAAGUACUUUGCAGCAAGCUGUGUCCCAUUCAGGUUCUCCAAGUUUUGAGGCACUGGAAGAGUAUAAGCAGCCAGCUGGCAAGCAGUUCCUCAGCAAGGCAUCUUUGCAACCCGUGAAGAAAGAAGACUCCAAAGAACUGGUGGAGCAGUCUCCACCAAACCCUGCAAGCGCUGCACCUCUGUCCGAGGUCACUCAUAGUGCAAUGAAGUCUCGAGAAGGUACAGACAUGAAGAAGGUACUUCAGUUCCCCAGUCUCCACACAACCACUAAUGUCAGUUGGUGCUAUUUAAACUACAUAAAGCCAAAUCAUAUCCAGCAAGUUGAUCGACGGUCUUCAGUGUAUGCCAGCUGGUGUAUUAGCUUGUAUAAUCCUAACCUUCCAGGUAUAUCUACUAAAGCAGCCCUGUCCCUCCUGAGGUCCAAGCAGAAGGUGAGCAAGGAAACCUACACCAUGGCUACUGCUCCACGUCCAGAGGCAGGCAGGCUUGUCCCAUCCAGCUCCAGGAAGCCAAAAAUGACCGAGGUUCAUUUGCCUUCGCCCCUUUCUAAUGAAGGUCGAAAAGAUAUAACUAGAGCUGAGAAGGAAGAGGAUAAAAGAGGAAAAUUGGAAGAAGAGGCUCUUGUAACCAAAAGAGGGGAGCCAGUCAGGAUCAAGAUCUUUGAAGGAGGGUACAAAUCAAACGAAGAGUAUGUGUAUGUGCGAGGCCGUGGAAGAGGGAAGUAUGUAUGUGAGGAGUGUGGAAUUCGCUGCAAGAAACCCAGCAUGCUGAAGAAACACAUUCGCACGCACACAGACGUCAGGCCAUAUGUCUGCAAGUACUGUAACUUUGCUUUUAAAACCAAAGGGAAUCUGACUAAACAUAUGAAGUCAAAGGCCCACAGCAAAAAAUGUCAGGAGAUGGGUGUGUUAGUAUCUUCACUGGUGGAUCUGGAAGCCGAAGAAGGAACCAGUGAAGACCUAUUCCAGGACUCUGAGGGGCGGGAGGGAUCUGAGCCAAUUGAGGAACACCAGUUUUCAGACCUAGAGGAAUCUGAUGAUGAUGAUGACAAUGAAGAUGAGGAAGAUGAGGAAGAAGAGGAGAGCCAAGAUGAGCCACCUUUAAAGUUGCUGGAAGGCAAGCAUACCACCCUCCCAAUGCACUCUUCAGGUGGCUCUCCACCUUCUCAAGAGGAAGGCACUGAAAGAGCAUUGUCCUUAGCCCAAGAAACUGUUUCCAGCAGCCAAACAGUAGGUGACGGCCAGCAGGCCUCCUCCUCCGGGCUGGAAACAAAGUGGUCAGCAGACAGCAGUGACAUUGCUGUGUGCCACAGCUUCUUGAGUCUCCACAGACCAGCUUUGACCUCCACUGAACAAUUAGUUUCUGCUGAAAGAGAGUCUGUCACAAGGCCACAGAUGACCUUAGUUAUGGACCUGUCAACCUCAAAAGACACCUCCCCAAGAAAAAGGUGGUCUCCAAGCCAGGACUCUGGCAGAGGUGGUGGCAGCAGCAGACCAAUGCUAGUGAGAAAACACCUAUUAACCAAAAAUGAAACUUCACCAAAACGGUUUUCACCAACUGGAGAACUGUCUUCUCUAAGGUGCCUGUCUCCAGGGAGAGGGUUGUCUCCUUGCCAGCGCGUCUCUCCCAGGAGGGAGGCAUCUCCACUGAGAUGUGUGUCACCCAGACUUGAGCUGUCACCCAGCAGGCAUCUUUCCCCCAGAAGAGAGCUGUCCCCAAGAACAUACCUUCCACCAGAAGGAGAAGUCUCCCCUGCGAGGCACUCCUCGCCAAGCAGAGAGAUGUCAUCAGUCAGAUAUUUAUCGUUGAAGCAAGUCUUGUCACCAGGCUGUUCGGAGUCAUCUAGAUAUCCAUCCCCCAGGAAAGAGGACUUGCCUGGUACUAGCAAAUUGGCAGCAGAUGACAAAGUUCAAAGCUCAUAUCAAGCCCAGCAUGGGAUAUUAUCUUUGAUGCCUCUACCUCACAGGUUCUUUGGCAAAAACAUAGAGCUCUAUGAGUCCAAGCUGAAUAUAGAACCACAAAGCCCAACAGGCUCACCUGGCGUCAUGCAGCCUGUCUGCUCCAGACCCUUGCAGGCACCUCAUGAGAUACAUGUCCACGCUCCCAACCGAGGGGAGGAGAAUGUCUUCAGCCAUCUCCCGUUGCAUUCGCAGCAGCUCACAAGGACCCCAUAUCCUAUGAUUCCCAUUGGGGGCAUCCAGAUGGUCCAGGCAAGACCAAGCAGCCAUCCCAGCUUGGUGCCCAGCUCAGUUGUGUCCCUGCAAGCGGGGUACUUUGCCUCUGGUGGCAGCAGCUUCGCGGAGUUCAGCUGGGGUCCCAGGAGGGACAAGGGAUCGCAGGUCCCGCAGGAGCUAUCGUCAGCAUCCGUCUCCCCGGUUGCAAAAGUUUCUAAAUACACACUGUCCCCAGAGCUUACGAGUGGUGGUUACUUGGAAGAGAAAACAAGGACUAGUGAGCUUCAGCAAAAGACAGACCAGGAGGAAUACAGGGUAAAAAAGUUCGCUGAGUCUAGCCACGCGGAGCAGGCAGGCUGCUCGGCAUCCCCAGCCAGCCCCAGCACAUCUGACGAGCACUCUCCAAAGCCUUUGACAAGUGGGGAAGAACCCUUGAAAAAAACGGGCAAGAAGCAAUCUGGCAGCUCGAGCACUUCUUUUGAAUCAUCCUGCACUUUCAUCUCAGAUCUCCCCUCCCAGCCAUUGGACCGAAGCAGCAGCACUGGCAGCCUCUCAGAGCCCUCACCGAGCCAUUCGCACUCCGAGCCAUUCUCUGGCCGGAGGAGAAACCUCUCUGGAGAGCCCAGUCGCCAAGGAGGAACCUCCAGGAAGAGCAGUCCACACCUAGAGCACGCAGAUUUAGGUCAAACUCAAAAAAAGGUGGAUGAAAACACGGGAAGUACUUAAGCCUCCACCAUCUGUUCCACCUUUAGGCUUCCUAUGUAAAAUCAACAGACAUUUUCAACACUAUUUCCUUUAGUAUAAUCAUUGCUAUAAGAAGCACUCUAGUGAAUGACCAAACCCAUGGAAAAUUCCUGGUUUUCUUUGUCCCAGUCUGGUAUUAUCUCCACAUGUAUGCAGUUACUUGUGCCUUUUUCUAUACCUUUUGUUGCUUGAAAUGUACAAAACUGUUUGAGGCUGUGAAUAUUUUUUUAGAGUUUUUUGGAAAGGGGUUUGUUAGACCUUGUCUUUUUUGCCAUUUAGGUGUGCAUAAUUAUGGGCCUGAGAGAUGCAGAAAGGAAAGGGUUAAGCAUUUUAAGAGGAAGAAGAUGCACUGAAAACAAAAACAAACCAGAAAAACUUUUUUUAUAUUGAUUAAAUGAUUAAAAAAGCCCCACAAACCAAACCCUUGCUCCUGUGUACAGAAGUUUAUGAUUCGUAUUUAUUACAUGCUUUAUUUAAUUCUCGCAAAGUGCUUGGUUUUUUUUUCUUGCAUCCCUCUGAUUGCCUAUGGUUGUGCUUUAAACAGUUGAGACUGCUUUACAUUUGAAAAACUUGUUUACCCUGAACCUGUAAAUGAAACUAGCACUUCCCUGACUAGGGGGAGGUUCUUCGCAGCGAGAGAAAUUGUCACGCAAAAGAGAAAAUGAAUCUUGAGCAUCCCUCCCUCCUGCAGAACCCAUCAAAAAGCACUUUUCUAAAAAGGGACAAAAAAAGGUUCCUCUUCAAAGAUUUAACUGCAAGAACAUAGGAAUGUAUCGAAUGUAGACCCAGUGCCAGGAAUGGUGUCUCUCGCUGGACGAGCCGGCCUCCUGCUUGCUUUAAUCCUUCCAUCCUGUGCCCGCUCCCCACGUGCACGGCUGCUCCGCGAUGCUCUACAUCGCCCCGGCAAUGUCAUGCCUGUGCCUGAGAGCCCCUCUUUUCUGGGGUUUGGAAGCCCUCUGUAAACCCUCUCCCUUGGUUUCAAAGUGGAAGUAAACUCAGCCUUGCAACCAUUUUCCCUCUGUAAUUUUUUAGUUGCUGACAAGCUCCCUCCAUCCCACCCCCACUCAGUCCUGGCUGGUUUGGCUUCGUUGAGCUCUAGGGAUGCAGGAGCCGUUUGUGCUCUGCUCGUUUGCACACCUGCGGUUCUGUAGCUUACGAGUGACUCUGUGUCUUAUUUUAAUUUUAUUUAUUUAUUUAAGUGGAACAUCGCAAACGUAGUCCUUAUUGUGCAGAUGGGCCCUUUUUUGGUGUUUUGGAAGAAAAAAGUUAUGAUGCUGAGUGGUUCAUGUUUGCAAUCAGCUUGUUAUGCAUGCACAGUAACUUUUUCCAGAGCAGAUUUUUAAUGAUGACCAUUCACAGCAGAGUGAUGGCCUCUACUGCCAAUAGAUACGAUACCAAAUACUGGGAGACCCGAUGGAGCCAUUCCUCUCUGUCAUGUUAACACACUUUUUAAAAUACAGAUGUUAAAUAUAUUUGCCCUAUCAGACAGCAGGCUCUUUACUACUUCAGAGGGUUUUCUGGUCUAUGGAAUCUGUACAAACCUCUUUUUUUUUUUUUUAUUUUAACAAAAAAAAAAAAAAACAACAAAAAGAAAGAUAAAUAUUUAACAAGUGGACCAGUUCUUUCUUCUUUUGGAGCUGUUCCAGUUUACUGGGUACGUAACACACUUUUUUAAAAAAAAUAAAAAAGAAAAAAAAUCAAAAGAAAUCAAAUAAAAAUCUGAAUUAGAACAUAUUUCCUUGCCAGACUUGAUGAGCUAUGAACUGUUCCCAUUUCAUGGGCAAAUAAUAUAAAUUUUUUAAUAAUCUUCUGUGAUAUUUUUUUUUUUUUUUGCUUUACUUGUAAAGGGAAUUAAGUACAAAAGAAGAUAUCAUGGAAAUAACAUUAAGCCUGUGACAUUGACCAAAACAACAUCCAGAACACAUUUAUACCUUAAUUAGCACUUUUAUCAAGUUUCCCUUUUUCCCAUCUCCCCCUCUUGUCCCCAAGCCUGGAAGCUGGUCCUGCUUUCAGACCUGUCCAGAUCCCACAGCUGCAGCAGGGGCUGGGAGCUCCGUUCGGCGUCACAGCUUCUUUCAGUGAAACUCUUAAGCACCAGCUGAAAUCCUGCAUGGGCUUUAAGCAUGUGCUUCAUGUCAAGCAUGUGCUUUAAGUGUGUGCUCAUGUCAAGCAUGUGCUUUAAGUGUGUGCUUCAUAUCAAGGCGGCUUGGCAGGGGCUGCUCAGGCAGGGUCUGUGUGAGCACCCCUGGAAACCAUCUGCCAAAUGCAGUGACAUUUGGGCUUUCCUGGCUUCUGCCACAUUUCCCCCCUCCUUGCCCUUGUCACACUCUUAACAUUAUUCCGAGGUAGCUUUUUGUAUUUAAUUUUUUUUAAUAUAUAUAUAUAUUGAAAUUGUACAUAAAAAAAAAAAAUGCAGCAGUUGUGCACUCAGCGUCCUGGUUUUGUUAGGUGCAUUUGACAUGAGCUUUGGGCUAGAUCAAAUUUGCUCGGCUUCUUUCUGUAAUUGUAUCUUAAUCCUUGACCUGUUGAUACUUUGCAAGGGGUUUGGUUUUUUUGGUUGUUUUUCUUUUUUCUCUCUCUGUCAUUUCUGGACAGAGGGAAAAAAAACCCACCAAAACACCAAACCUCAAAAGUCAUUACAUUGGUUUCUUUCUUU